UUGAGUUCCAGAGAGCAGAAGGGUGCAUUAACCCUCAGAGAAGAAAAGAGAGCUGAGCAAAGCAUAGAAAGAAGGAGAGAGAGGUGUGUGUGAGUGUGUGUGUGUGUGUGCGUGUGUGUGUGUGUGCGUGUGUGUGUGAGGGGAACAGAAGGAGGAAGUGUGUGGGGGUUUAACUGCUGCGCUGGGAUCAUGUCUCUGAGUGGGAAGGUGGCUCUGGUGACCGGAGGGGCUCAGGGCAUCGGGAGAGCAGUGGUACAGUUGCUCCUGCAGAGCUCAGCUAAGGUGGCCGUGGUCGACUUCAACCAGACCUGUGGGGAGCAGUGCAAGGCUCAGCUGGAUGCAGAGUUCGGGGAGGGAAACUGUACCUUCGUCCCCUGUGAUGUGUCCAACGGAGACGCUCUCAGAGACGCCUUCCAGGCAACAGUGGACAAGUUUGGUCAUCUGGACAUCGUGAUCAACAACGCCGGCAUCAACAACGAGAAGAACUGGGAGAAGACCAUACAAGUCAAUCUGACCUCGUUGAUCAAAGGGACGUACCUGGCUCUGGAGCACAUGAGCAAAGAGUACGGCAAGGACGGAGGCACAAUCAUCAACGUGUCCUCUAUGGCAGCCUUUUUGCAUUCUCCUCAUCAGCCCGUCUACACGGCAACCAAACACGGAGUGAUCGGCUUCACCCGAGCGAUGGCGGACGCGUCCUCUCAGGGCGACUACGGCGUCCGCAUCAACGUCCUGUGUCCGGCCUUCGUAGAUACCCCUCUGCUGCACUCGGUGGAACACGAGGACAACAUGGGGAAGUUUGUGAAGUUUAAGGACGAUUUCAAACGCAGCAUGACCAAGUUUGGAGUUUUACAGCCGUCGUUGAUAGCAGAGGGCAUGAUGAGGCUGAUCAGGGACUCCUCUCUGAACGGGGCGGUGAUGAAGAUCACCUGCUCAAAGGGAAUCCACUUCCACACGUAUGAGCCCAUGUCGGCCUGAGAGCGGCACGCUGCUGAGGAGGAGGAGGAGGAUGAAGGGUUCGCACCUGGACUCUGACUGAACCAGCAUCAACACACCAGGAGGACAGCCGUCUGCUGCUGGAGCGUCCAUAAGAACUCAAUCAGAGCAUCGUCUGGAUGCUGCUGAAGAACUGAGCUAAAAAAUGACUCAUCCUGUAAAUACACAGUUUAAAAUAAUGGUUUCAUAUAAUGUGAAAUUCUGUCAUGAACUAUGUUAUAAUGUCACUGUAAUGAAAGAAACAGCUGUGGGGUCUUCUUCUCUGAGGUUUGUUUGUCUUACAGGAAAAAAAAACCAACAUAAUCCUCCCCUCAGACCGACUGAUUCACGAUGCAGCUUCUGUGACUGAACUGAAACAGACUUUAUUUAACAGCUUCUCAUGAUUUGUGUAAAAAUAAGAAUACAUUUGUAAAAGUUCUGGUUUCAUUUUGGAAUAAAGGCAGAACGUAAAUCGGUUUGAAAAUCA